AAGAAACUUCAGCACAGUUUUCCACUUUGUAAUCAUAUAAUGUAAAUGUAUAUCAAUGCAAACUCAAGAGAGUGGUAGUAAUAAUAUUUUCAUGCUCUUUGAGCAUACACAAAACAUUUCAUUUAUUCACGUUCAUUACUUAUUUUACUUGUUGUUGUUGCGUUACUCUCAAAUACCCCUACCAACUGUCAAGGACUAUUACAACUGAAAAGCUGUUCAGUUGAAUAUUGAUUUCUUUUUGACUCAACCUAACAUUAUAUCCUCUUGGCUCCACGGUGGAAACAUUCUAGCAAAUUCCCUUACUAUUUUAAAAAUAUUAUUUUUUAAUUCUAACCAAAACCAGUAAUUUAAUCCCAAAAGCUUACAUUUGAAAUAACAAUAAAAGUGAACACUUGCGUAAUACAAAUUGAAUAGUUGGGAGUUUUAAGUUUCAUAAAAUCAAGUGCAAAGCGUAAAGCAUACAAGAUUUCUCAUCUACUUGAGAAUCCGCUCCAUCAAUCGCCUUCGGCUUCGGGCACUGUGAUUGUGGAGAGAACGGAUUUUUAUAACGUGGCCAGCGGCGACAUCAUCAGAACGCAGCACAGCAAAGUGCACCCUAGUCCGGGGGCCGCCCGCAGUGUGUGGGCGUUGCCCCUGACAUCAUGUAACAUGGUCGCUGAAGAGGAUAGCGCCGCCAACACGGAAGAACGUCCGCACUCACCACCGUCAUUACGACGCGGUGUACGUAGCGGUGUAGGUGUGAACAAUGUUGGCGGCAGAGUUGGACACACCGCUGCCGGAGAUGGCGCCAUCGAUGACCAUGAUGAUAGCAACAUACUGCUGUUCGAGGGCAUUGACGGUGCUAUGGCACAUUUGGAUGAUAUAUUCGAUGUGAUCAAGAAUGGCGAAGUAUGUGAUGUGGAAAAUUUGGUGGAGAAAUUCGGUAUAGAAUGUUUGUCGGCACGUGAUAGACACGGUUAUACGCCGGGUCAUUGGGUGGCGUUGAAUGGCAAUGUUGAAAUGAUGCGUUAUUUAAUCGAACGCAAUGCACCAGUUGAUCUACCUUGUUUGGGUACACAAGGUCCACGACCCAUACAUUGGGCGUGUCGAAAAGGUCAUGCGGCUGUGGUGCAAGUGUUGUUGCAGGCUGGUGUUGCCGUAAAUGCGGCGGAUUUUAAGGGUCUAACACCGCUAAUGAGCGCCUGUAUGUAUGGCAAGACAGCAACGGCUGCUUACUUGCUCGGCAUGGGUGCAUUAAAUCAUCUAACGGAUAUAAAUGGUGACACCGCUUUGCAUUGGGCAGCCUAUAAGGGUCAUGCCGAUCUCAUGCGCUUGCUAAUGUACUCUGGUGUUGAGCUACAGAAAACGGAUAAUUUUGGUUCGACGCCAUUACAUUUGGCUUGCCUUUCGGGGAAUAUGACCUGUGUACGAUUGUUGUGUGAGAAAUCCAAUAUGGAUUUAGAACCGCGUGACAAGAAUGGUAAAACACCGAUAAUGUUGGCGCAGGCACAUCAACAUCAGGACAUUGUGCGUUUGCUUUAUAACGAAGUUAAGAAAAAAUCACGUUGGAUUCCGUCGAUUUCAGAAAUUUGGGGCUGGUUAUUUGGUGGAGCUGGCGAUUCAAAGGGCCCGCUGCUACUAUUUCUAUUCUCAGUGUUAUUAUGGGGAUAUCCAAUGUAUAUGAUAAGGGCUAUACCAAUUACCUGGAACAUACUGCGUCGCUCACAUUACUGUUUCAUCUAUUGGAAUGCUGUCAUGUGGAUCAGUUGGGUCAUAGCGAAUCGCCGUGAUCCCGGCUAUAUACCGCUCAGUUCGGACGCUUACUAUCGCGCCAUCAAACAGAUACCGUAUUUUGAUAAGUUGAAAAAGCGCAACGUUAUAUUGACGCGCCUCUGUCAUAGCUGUCGUUGCUUGCGACCGUUGCGUGCCAAACAUUGUCGCGUGUGUAACCGUUGUGUAUCGUAUUUCGAUCAUCAUUGUCCGUUCAUUUAUAAUUGUGUGGGCUUGCGAAAUCGUAUGUGGUUCUUCUUGUUCGUGCUUUCAGUGGCUGUGAAUUGCUCGUUUACAAUUUACUUUGCCUGUUACUGUGUAAUGAUUGAGGGCUUUACAUUGCUCUAUGUGUUGGGCUUGUUAGAGGCGGUGGUCUUUUGCGGACUCGGUUGGAUAUUGACUUGCACUUCGAUCUUACAUGCCUGCAUGAAUUUGACUACGAAUGAGAUGUUCAACUAUAAACGUUAUCCAUAUUUACGUGACAAACGUGGACGUUAUCAGAAUCCAUUCUCACGUGGACCCAUACUGAAUUUAUUGGAAUUCUUUGUCUGCCUACCCGAUCGGAUUGAUGAAAAUGAUCUACUUAUGGAGGAUAAUAUUUGAUUGAAAACUUAGGUACGCGCUCAUGCGCGGCGCCGUAAAAUACCAGCACAUGGAUAAUAAAUAGCUUAAUUCAAAUUGGGGGGCGGGCUUAUAAGAACCCCUCCAGGCAACUAAAUGCACACCGAACGGAAGAUGGCUAUUUAGCUUAAAUAUAAAUUCACUUCACGGCUUAAGUCUACAAAGCAUUAUUACAAAAAAAAAACCAAAACGAGAAUGACUGCAAAUUUGUGACGACUUAUGUGGCGUAUAUUGUUCCGAAGAAACUUGAAAAACAAAUUUAAAGGAAAUUCAGCGUUGCAAGAUGUACGAAAUAAUAAUUUUUGUACUGAAAUUAACACCGAGAUCGUCUAAAUCCCCUGUUCUGGUUAUCAAUCAAAAACAAAUUUCAAGCAUUACUUGAAAUAAGAAUAAUAUUAUGGAUUAACACAGCUGUUUUGGAACGAAUAAUCGCUUAGUACAAUUUUCGAGAGAUUUUAAAGCGAAAAUCAACACAUUAUACAAAUUUGUCUCAUUUGUUUUAUCUAUACAAAAUUUAUUUGUUUAGCGCAAAAUUAUUUUAUUAAUUUGAAAGAGUGCACCAAGAUGUUACAGCUAUUAUCUUUACUCGGUUCAUUAUCAAAUUGUCUAGACUAAUAUGACAUAGGAAAAUUGCUAAUUGAAUACAUUAAGUAAAUGUAUGAAACAACCAUAAACGAAAGACUUUAUUGGAAAAUUAUUUAAAUAUUUCGUUUCAAAGUGCUUUCCAACGAUUCUGAUCGAUGUGACCGAAACGAACCGGAUUUGUCUUACAAAGAACAUAUUUCAAAAAAAAAAAAAAUUGUUACAAAUUAAUUAUAAAUUGUUUGUAGCCUUUAUAUUGUGUAACUUAAUGUACGGUGUUACGAAUAGCGCUAGAAAUAAGAUUAACAUUCCUAAACGCAGUAUAUCAUAACAGCCUUAUCAAUAACUAAUACUGAGAAAAAAAAAAAACGAAAUUUUCUUGAAAGUAUUGAUGUUACCAACAAUGUAAAUUGCUAGAAAAUUAAUAAAAAGCAAUAAAAAAGUAGUUGUAUGAACUCGCCUAGCACCCAAAUACUCCCCAUAGCAGUAAAAAAAAGUUUCGCAUAAUGCUAUUUUAAUGGUUUUAAAUUCAUAAUAUGUUGUAUUUCAAAAAAAGAAAAUGCAUACUAGCAUACUAUGUCUAGCUUAAAGAAUGUAAAAAUAAAUAUAUAUAGUUUGUUGUUCACACGAAAGCUCUAGUGGCAUAAUCGUAAAUAAAAAUAUUGCAUAUUAUGGAAAAAUACAAAUAACUAUUAUUUAUAUAAUAAUUUGUUAGAUACUUUUGUUCAUUUGACUCAAAUAGUACUCAAAUUUCUUGCUUUUUUAUUGUAUUUUUGGUUGUAGUUACUUGUAGAUUGGUAUAAAAUAUUAUACAAGUCCCGCUACAAAGGGACACCUACAAACGACAUACAUAUAAACAUAGAAAACAAUACAUACAAAUUGUUAAUAUUGUAUUAAA